AUGAAUUUAUUAAAAAUAUUAGAUUCAACACCCGAACCGCCAAUCAUAGAAUUAGAUUUUGAUGAAUGUGAUAACUCGAGAAUUUAUAAUUUACCAUGUCCAAUGUAUGAAUAUCAAAAAGAAUUAACGGAUCAAAUUAUUUCAUUACACUAUCCCGAAAUAUUAAAAUUUUGUGAAUUAAAUGAUAAGAAAGAAAUCAUAAUUGAUUCAUUAUCUAAAUGUAUUAAAAAUCUUAUGCUUAUUACGACUCAUCCAUACCUUAUGAUUGAUCAUUAUAUGCCGAAAAAUUUAUCAUAUAAAGAAAUGCCCAAUAAAUUAGCUGAAACAAGUGGUAAAUUUAAUGUACUUCGUGAUUUACUUAAUGUGUUGAUUGAAAUUGAUUCUCCAAAAAAUAUAGGACUUGUUAUUUCUGAUAAUGGUCGAUUAUUUGAUCUUAUUGAAUCUUUACUAUUAGGUUGUCAUUCAUGCAAAACUGUUAAACGAUAUUUUGGAAAUAAUAUUCAACGUGAAAGUAAAAAAAAUCUGAAGAAUGGGAAUGGAUAUCAUUCUGAUAAUAAUGGGACGAGUAAGAAAUUAGAUCCAAACAAUUCAGUGAUUCAUUUAAUUCCUGAUACUGGAGCAUUAAAUAAAGAUCAAGAAAUAUUUAAAAGGAUUAAAUUUGAUGUUUUGAUAAUUAUAGAUCAGAAUGUAGACCAAGAAUCAGAUUUCUUUAGAAGGAUAAAGUAUCAAAAUAAUAGACAGGGUGCAAUUAUAAUAAAUUUAAUCCCAUUAAAUACAAUUGAACAUAUAAAAUUAUUCACCAUAGAUUUAUACAAGAUUAUUAGCUCUGUUGUUUGUCUUAGAGAUAAUAUAGGUAAUUUACCACCUGAUUUUCAUCCAAUAUAUCAACAAAAAUUGGCAUAUUUUAAUAAAUUUUUUGAAUCAGUAUUGAAAUUGAAUCAAAAUCCAAAUUGGCCAUUACCUUCUUUACCUAAAAUAUCAACAUUUUCACCAUCAGAUGUUGAAAGAUCAUUAUUAACAGAAACACAAUAUAAUUAUAUAAAUUAUACUGAAGAAGAUAAAAAAAUCCCAAGUUAUUAUGAACUGAAACGAUUGAAAUCACAUUAUAUCACAAAUCCAUUAAUCAAUUCAUAUGACAAAUUAAGUGGAAUUGAAUCAUUGACUCAAAAUGAUACUCAUCAUUUAACUCAUAAAUUAAUGUUAAAUUUAAAUACAAAAUCACUAAAAUUGAAAGAUUUAAGAAAUGAAUUAGCUAGUUAUAUAGAAGAUAGGGAGAAUUUAAUUGGUCGUAGGGAAAAGGAUUUAAAAUUGACAGUUUCAAAUUUGGUCGAUGAUAUAAAUCAUAAUGAACAAAGGAUAAAUUGUGCAAAUAAAUUAAUAAUUAAAAAGAAUACACAAAUUGAAGAAAUAAAAGAGAGAAUAAUUAAAUUGGAAAAUGAAUUGAAGGAAAAAUACUCAGAGGAAAAUGAGGCAUAUUCUAUACAAUACAAGAUUUGGAAAUUACAAAAUGAGAUUAAAAAUUAUAUAACUAAGAUUAAAUUAAAGAAUGAUGAGAAGAAUUUCACAAAUCAAGAAUUGAAAAAUUGUCAGGAAUCAAUAAAAGACUCAGAAAUUGAAAUUAAAGAGUAUGAAGAAAAGAUUGAGUCUGAAAAACGAAAAUUUAAUGAAUUGGAAACUCAAAAACAUACAGAAAUAGAUAAUGAAUAUAAAAUCAAGAAACAAAAAUUAGUUGAAGAUAUUGAGAAAGAACAAUUAAUCAACAAACAACUCAAAUUGAAAUAUAAUCAAACUUUCAGAUUCCUUAAAGAUACAUCACAUUUAAAAAAGAGAAAAGGAAGAGGAAUAACUCCAAAAUAA